AUGUCUAAGGCAUAUGAUAGAGUUUCUUGGCUCUACCUUACCAAAGUUUUGAGGAAGAUGGAAUUUGCAGAAAUAUUCAUUGAUAUAAUAUGGAGACUAAUUGCUAAUUGGUAUUCUAUAUUAUUCACUGGUCAGGCCCAUGAUUUUUUUCAUUCCACAAGGAGUGUAAAACAAGGAGAUCCUCUAUCCUCGGCCCUUUUUAUUCUAUCUACAGAAGUCCUUUUCCGAGCUUUAAAUAGACUGUUGGAUAAUGAUAGAUAUCAGAUUUUCGGGCUGCCAAAAUGGAGUGGAAAGAUUAAUCAUUUUGCUUAUGCAGAUGAUACUAUCAUUUUUACUUCUGCUGAAACAGAGUCCCUACAUAUGACUAUGAAUACUCUAAAAGAGUAUGAACAGAUGUUGUGUCAACCCUUACCAAGAGACUAUAGAACACCUUUUCCUUACUGGGACUUUGAUGCUAGCAUAUGGGACAUAUAUUAUACUGUUGUUGGAAUUAGGGGUCCUUUUGUGCAAAUCAGACAAACUGUGAUAAAGUGGUGGAAAAAAAAAGAGGCACAAGGUAAAGGCUUUGAUCAAAGUUGCUCCUGCAAUUAUUCUGUGACAGAUCUAAAAGUGGAGAAAUACUAUUAA